CAACCCCAUCUUCAACUCGAGUGCCUCGCCCUGGGCAGCUCCAGGUCGAACCUUGUCCUCAGCUCAUCAUGGCAGAAUCCCCUCCAGCAUCCUCAGUCCCCAAAGCUGUGCUCUACUACGCCCGGGACUCUACAGAGUCAUGUGUGGCUCGCCUAACACUAAUUGAGAAGGGCUAUGGCGAUGAUGAAGUUGAUCUGAAGAUCGUUGACCUGGCGAAGGGAGAGAAUUACUCACCGUCCUACCUGCGGCUCAACCCGAAAGCCACUGUCCCGACCUUGAUCGUACCGCUGGCCAAGACCCUCUCAUCGGAUGUCGACAGUCGUUUCAAGGCCAUCGUUGAUAUUCGCAAACUCGUCGAGUUUAUGGACAAGUCUCGCUCGCCGAUGUCCACCACGAACACAACAUCGAGCGCGCCCGCACCCGCUCUCGCUCCUGCCACGGUCGCGUUCUCGUCCCUCAGCCGUACGAUUCUUGACGAAAUCGUGUAUGCUGAGGACGCGUCCCCCGACAACCUGACGUACGCAAAUGCGCGAGACGAGGCCUCAUUGAAGACGACGGCAAAGGAACUGGUCCCAACCUUGCAAGGGCGUAAAGCGGCUCUCGAGAAAUACCUGGCAGAUGCGCGAUCAGAGACCUACCACGCGUCUGAGAAGACCAAGGCUUUCUGGCAGGCGAAGCUACUGGCAACUAGCGUGCUGCUCGACAUCUUCCUCAAGGCCGAAACACCUUCAGCAGACCUUGACGCGGACAGCCGUGCGAAGAGAGAAGAGUUCCUCAAGACGGCGGAGAACCUCUGGAGCAAGAGUGUCGCAAGUUUGCUGACCCGGCUGGACAAGGAGAUUACUGGGCCGCUGUCUGGUGGCGAUCAAUUAUCGAUUGCUGACCUCCACAUUGCGGGCUGGUUGGCUACUCUGAUCAGGCUUGCAGGCGGCACGAACGGCUUGGACGGCAAGGCUGCCGUGUCGAAGCUGGAGCAGCACGUUGGUGGGGGCUUUACACUGCCGAAGGAAUUCAAGACUGCGGAGGACGAGACGAUUAGCAAGCUCGCAGCCUUUUGGGAUUCGAUGAGGGAGCGGGCGAGCUGGAAGAAAGUAUACGGCGACGGUUUGGUGUAGAUAGCAGUGACAAGUUCGAAUACAAGGACGAAAUGCAAGCAUCGCUCGUCGAGUCGGUUAAUCAG